CCACCUCCACCUCCUCAACUUCACCUUCUAAGAACCUCAACUUCAUCACUAACACUCGUACCUUCUCCUUAUGCUUAUGCGCUCCCAAUCCCAACGCUUCCACCACUACUCCUCCGUUGAAGAAGAGGAACAGGUACCGGAGGCUCUAUCCUGGAGAGACAACCGGCAUCACCGAAGAGAUGAGGUUCGUUGCUAUGAGGCUUCGCAACACCAAUGCUACUCCUAAGUCCUCUGAAAACAAAGAAGAAGAAGAAGAAUCAUCAUCCAACGGUCCUGCUUCUGACACGUGGCAUCCAUCCGUUCAAGGCUUCCUCCGUUACUUGGUUGAUUCCAAACUUGUCUUCAACACCGUCGAACGCAUCGUCGACGACUCUGAUCACGUCUCUUAUGCUUACUUUAGGAAAACUGGAUUGGAAAGGUCAGAAGGGAUUGCAAAGGAUUUGGAAGGGUUUGAGCAGCAAGGACUUGCAAUUCCGAAUCCUCGCUCGCCGGGACUGACUUACGCCAAAUAUUUGGAGGAACUUGCCGAGAGAAGCCCUCCCUUGUUUCUCUCCCAUUUCUACAACAUAUAUUUUUCUCACAUAGCCGGUGGUCAGGUCAUAGCAAAGCAGGUUUCUCAAAAGAUCUUCGAAGGGAAGGAGCUAGAACUCUAUAGGUGGGAAGAUGAUCCAGCGGAGUUGCUAAAGGGUGUUCGCGAGAAUCUCAACAUGCUUGCAGAGCAUUGGCCUCGAGAUGAUAAAAAUAAAUGCUUAAGAGAAACAACCAAGUCAUUCCGGUAUUUGAGCCAGAUUGUCCGUCUCAUCAUCUUAUGAAGAGAGUUUUGUAUCCUUUCCUUGUAACAACAUUGACAUUUUCCAUGCAGGUGCGUUAUAUCGGCUAUGGAUUUGGCCAAAAAGAUGAAGACCUCAAAAAGUUUUAUAUUAUAGUUGUAGAGAUAUUCAUCAUCACUAUGGUAUUAUUGCUGAAGAUAAAGAUUCUACUAUGGCCGUUAUUUCCAACUUUUGUCUUCUCUAUGUGGCUUCAUUUUUGGGAUCAGCACAUGAAAAUUUUUUAGUAAUUUGAAUGUUAUUAGUAGCUAAUGAAAUUCAUGAUUGCCAUAUGACUAGAUAGGAUUCCAAGCAAAGUUCGCAAUUUUGUAUAAAAUUGAUUGGUAAAUGAUAUGUAAGUACCUCUGCAAACAUUUAGAAAGUUUAGAAGCAUGUUGUGUUUUUGAAUUGUGUAUCGAUUUAAUUUUUAUU